UGUCGAUGUCGAGUUUGACGUAAAACCAGUUAAAUUUGCUCCGAUUUCGUUGUUUCGUCGUAGUGGUUUUUAGUGUAAUUUCUUUAUAUGAGUGACAUAAGUGGCACCUGUAACUUGUUGCAAGGGUUGUUAUCUUACGUUCGCGUGUCCAGAGUUUGCUUCUGAGAGGGUGCUCGCAGUCAAUCUGUAUGCAACUUCUACGCGUCGCCUCGACUAUGUCUUACCAAGGAUCACCUUAUUCGGGCCCGGGCGAUGAGUACGACUUCGAAGACGACGGGUACGACGACCUGGAUGAAUACAGGGAGCAGGAGGAUGCAAUACCACCGCCACCAGUGGACGAUAGUGACGAAGAUACUGAGGAAGCUAGUGAGACAGACAUACCCAACAAUGACGAGCCUCUGGAGCAUAAAGAACAAAUGUAUCAGGACAAGUUAGCGAGCCUAAAGAAGCAGUUACAACAGCUUGAAGAUGGUGUUCAUCCGGAGUACACGCGCCGCGUCAAGAGAUUAGAACACCAGCUGCAUGAGAGACUCAGGCUCAACAAGAUAUACAAAGACCACGUAUACGAUGUAGUAGAAAGAGAAUACAUAGCGGAGAAGAAGGCAGCCGCAAAAGAGUUUGAAGAGAAGAAGAUAGAGUUACGAGAGAACUUGCUCAACGACUUCGAGGACAAGCGGAAAAUGAUAGAGACCGAGAGACACAGUAUGGAGCUGAAUGGGGACUCUACAGAGGUGAAACCAGUAAUGAAACGGAUCCUCCGACGGCGGGCCAACGAGCCGGCGCCGGCGCCAGAGAAACGGCGCAAGCCCACAACCACGCUCACCUUCCAGCUCGAGGCGCGCGACAUCGACGCCGACCUGCGCGCCAUCGCGCGACACUCCCCGCCCCCCGCGCCGCCCAGGCACAGCCAGCCGAGGAAGCACGUCAACUCCAGCUGCGAAUCUCCAGUUCGAGAGAAUAACGACUCGCACGACACUCGAGUGGAGGACGGCAAGCUGUUGUUCGAGCGGCGGUGGUUCCACCGCGGGCAGAGCGUGUACGUGGAAGGGCGGGAUAUGCCGCGCUUCCCCGGACACAUACACGCUAUCACCGACGAGGCGAUAUGGGUGAAGAAGACGACGAAUCUAGAGCGUAUUAGGAUAUACGUGUCGCAGCUCGCGCGGGGGAAAGUGACGAUAAAACGGCGCGCGUCAUAAGUGCGACAGUGACGGACGCUAGUGUGGUUCGGUCCUAACUCGCCGGUCCAUUGACAAGUACUUUAAAAUUAUUCCUCCCGUAAGAUUGGUCCCAAGGUGACACACCGGAGACGUGUACGCGUUGUAAUACAAGAGACCUCUUAAGCGAUGUCACACUUGUACGCAGACGUCACGCAGAUGUUUGUCGUCCGUUAUACUUAUUCAUACAUUACAACGCGCACGUGCAUGUAAGAAAAGUCUUUGGACGUUUUUAGACGUUUAGUCUAUGCACGAAGGUUAUUUCAGCAGAAAAUCAUAUUAUACAAACAUGUAUAUAAGAAAUCAUAGGCUUAGGUGACCGCUUAUCAUCAGGCGAGCCGUAUGCUUGUUUGCCACCGACGUGGAAUUAAAAAAAGUUGCAUUUUAUUGAAAAAUGGCAACUUAGAUCCUAUUCUGCGGUUUAUAUGGACAAAAUCGGGAGGAAUUAUACUGAGGUUGUAACACUUGUUAAUUGAGAUUAGAGGUCGGGUAGAGGCUAGUUUCCUCUCGCUCGCACGCCCCAAGUAUGAGCAGGAGGUGAUUAUAACAGUCGAUUUUAAGACCACUUGCCACGUUAAGUUUAUUGAUGAUCUGGUAGCUUAAGGGCAAAGAGUUGUUAAUGGUAGAAGAGGUGUAAAAGUGAAAGAAAAAAUCGUCAUUGGAAUUUGAAGUUAAUAUAGUGUUACUCAUGGCGCAUGUUUUUUUAUACUUUGUACCUCUUCUACCAUCAAAAACUAUUUGUUAAGAGUUUGUAUUUGUUAUGUUGGAAAAUGUAUGAAGUGAAUAGAUGUUUCAAAAUACCUUGUUCUUGUCGGGAAUAGUAUUUUUCAAGUAGCUUGGGUACAGUGAUAGCUGUCAUCUUCGUAUAAUACCUUAAAGCCUUAAAACACAGUUGAUAUGACAGCUGUCAGCGUACCCAAGCUAUGUGCAAAAUACUAUAGUACAGUCAUAGACAAAGGACUAAGGCUGUAAUCACACUGCAGUUUUCGUAUGCGGCGCCAGUGUGAUAACCGCCUUAGACGAAAGUGGUUCCAAAUAUCGUAGGAGCGUAAACAUCAAAACUAGGUGACGUAGUACAGUCGCUAUCAAAUAUAUCGUAGCGGCCGAGGUCCUCAAAAAUAUCUGAACGUACGUUCACUUUCACAUCGUCGUCAGAGGUUUUGUUCAGAUAUUUGUGAAUACGUUGGCCGCUCCGAUCACGGAUGUUGCGGAUGCCGAUUUUUUGACAUCCGCGGAUGCGGAUUUUUAAAGGCUCACAUCCGCGGAUGCGGAUGCGGAUGUCGAGAUUAGACACAUAAAAAACGUCAAAUAUUACACUUUAGUAUAUUUAAUAAAUAAAAAAAACGAAACAGUAUUUGAACAAGAAUAUAGGUGCCCCACAAUCGCAUUACUAUACUAAAGUCCAAAUAAAUCAAACUUUUCACUUCUUGUCGCUGUCCGUCAUAGGCUAAAGUGAAGAAAGAUUCCUAUUGGCUAAUGACGAAAUUACCUAUCACUUACGCCGCCGCUAGGACGUUCCUGUACCUACCUGUUCCACAUCCGCAUCCGCAUUAAGCUCCGCAUCGAUUUUAUGCGGAUGCGGAUGUUGAAAAUAAUGCGGAAGUUCCGCGGUUGCGGAUGCGGAUGCGAAUAUUCGCAACAUCCCUGGCUCCGAUAUUUCUAACCACUCUUUCUAAUCAAUUUUUGUUUUGAUCUCAAAUAUUUAUAAUAAAAUUUGAUUGUUUACAACUUUUACAAUUACCUAUUAUACUAAUAAGACAUGAUGAUGAUAUUUUUUAUAUAAAUAUGCAUUUAUACAAGAAUCUAAAUUAAUCAUGUAAUUGAAUCCACUAUAUAAGUAACUUCAUACAUUUCCUUAACCAAAAGGGGGAGAAUAUUUGAAUUUGAUUCGAAGUCAUGAUAUACAAAAGUUUUUGAGAACAGAUAAAUGUGGUAUUUUCUAUAAAAAGGGACCUUAUUGUCGAUGGCGCUUACGCCAUUAUAAACGAUGCUCCGAUAUAAAUACAAUGCCGCGCGACGCUGUGCGGCGUAAGCGCCAUCGACAAUAAGGUCCCUUUUCAUAGAAAAUGCCCCAAAUAUUGAAAAUGAGAAUAAUGUCAGUACUUUUUUUAAAUUCUGCUUAAUGACGUCGAUUCAAAUGGCAAAUGAAAUGCAAUAUGACAGAGAAUUAUCGUGCGAAUGAUCUGUUUAGGCUUGUUACAAAUUAUGGACCUUAUUCUUUAAAUUAAACAUUUUGUGACGUGUUCCGGCAAAAGGUACCACAUUGUCGCUUACCGAAA